CCAUAAACCCCAUUCAAUUAAAUAUGCAUGGGUUCAUUCUAGUGUUAUAUAAAGAAUGGAUUGUGCUAUCUCAGUCGUGCCUCUGCUGGUAGCUUAACAAACUCCAUUUCCAGUGACCCAACACCCAAAAUCAAAUGGGGAACACUUUCCUCAGCUUAGCCCUUCUUCUCAUCGUCCAUUUCUCUAUGGUUACUUUCUCCCUGAAAUUAACCACCAUACUUACAGACCAAUCUGCUCUUCUCGAAUUAAAAAACCGUGUUACCAUCGACCCUAAAAAUGUCAUGGCAACUAAUUGGUCAACUUCUACCCCAGUUUGCAACUGGUUUGGUGUCAGUUGUGGAUUCAAGCACCAUAGAGUCACAGCUCUAAACCUUUCUGGUUUGGGACUUGUAGGCACCCUUCCACCCCACUUGGGGAAUUUAUCAUUCCUGUCUCUUCUUUCCAUCAGGAAUAAUAGUUUUCAUGGGAGUUUACCUGCUCAGUUAUCCGAUCUGCAUCGGCUGAAAUAUUUGAACUUUGCUUACAAUAACUUUAAUGGUGUUAUUUCAUUCUCUUUAGGCUAUCUACCACAGCUAGAGACUCUGAACUUGAUGGAAAACCAGAUUUCAGGUUCAAUACCCUCAUCCAUCUUCAAUAUAUCUUCAUUGCAGAAGAUUUAUAUAAGUAAUAAUAUGCUCUCCGGUUCCAUACCCUCUGUCCCAAGAGAUUUGCUUUCGCUAGAAUUGAUAGAUUUCAACUACAAUAAUCUCACUGGUCAAAUUCCAGAGGAUAUGUUCGAUCAUCUUCCGAAUUUGAAAGAACUGUACUUGAGUGUUAACAUGCUUUCUGGAAGAAUUCCAGUCAGUUUAUUCAAGUGCAAAGAGUUACAAAUGUUGUCCAUAUCGUUUAAUCAAUUGGAGGGGAGUCUGCCGGUGGAAAUUGGGAAUCUAAGUAUGCUUCAGUACAUUUACGUUGGUCGGAACCACCUUGAAGGUGAAAUUCCGGAGCAAAUUAUGAACUUAACUCUUAUUACGACUUUUGAUUGUAGUCAUAACAAUUUCACAGGUACAAUAUCAGCUCAGAUUGGCAACCAAAAGAAUCUAGAAGUGUUGAAUUUAGCAGGUAACAAUUUUGUGGGUACUAUUCCUCCCGCAAUAUUUAAUAUUUCAUCUUUGUCGAUCAUUGGUUUGGAUAUAAAUAAGCUCUCCGGCCAUCUUCCAUCAACCUUGGGCCUUUGGCUUCCAAACCUGGAAAAUUUUUAUCUUGAUUUCAACAACCUUGUUGGUUCAUUCCCGACGUUAAUUUCCAAUGCCUCUCAGCUUACUCUUCUUGACAUGUCAAGCAAUUACUUUUCUGGGUCCAUUCCUGACAAUCUGGGCAAUCUAAGAAAUUUAAGGAUUCUCAACCUGGCGGAUAAUAAUUUAGCUUCCCCAGGGAUGAGCUUUCUCUAUUCUCUGGCAAGUUGUAGAGGCUUGGAAUUCUUGCUAUUCGGAAUGAACCCAUUGAUCAGUGGUAAACUUCCAGGUUUGAUAGGGAACCUCUCUGGUUCUCUGCUGGAGUUCUCUGCUUAUGGGUGCAACAUCAGCGGUAGCAUCCCCGGUGAAAUUGGCAACUUAAGUGGCUUGAUAAACAUCGAGCUUGACGGUAAUAAAUUGACAGGAAGCAUACCUGCUUCAAUUGGAGGAUUAGAAGAGCUGCAAAGUCUCUCUCUUACUCAAAAUAUGUUACAAGGAUCCAUCCCAUAUGAGUUAUGCAAUCUAAACAAGUUGGCUUUCAUGUUCUUGACGAGCAACAACUUGUCUGGACCAAUACCUCCUUGCUUGGGUAAUCUCAUUUCUUUAAGGAAACUACUGCUAGGCUCCAAUAUGUUUUCUUCCUCUAUACCUUCAACAUUGACAAGGAUUACCGAUCUCCUCAUGCUAAACCUGUCUUCAAAUUCUUUAAGUGGUCCUCUUCCAAUUGACAUUGGGAAGUGGAAGGUUUUGACUAGUAUGGAUUUGUCGAACAAUCGGUUCUCCGGUGAUAUCCCAAUUGGGGUUGUAGAUCUUAAAGACCUCACUAAUUUCUCCUUAUCCAAUAAUAGGCUCACAGGUUCUAUUCCUGAGUCAUUUGGCGACAUGUUCAGUUUGGAGUUCUUGGACUUGUCAAGAAAUAAUCUAUCAGGAGAGAUUCCCAGGUCCUUAGAGAAACUUCGUUAUCUCAAAUGUUUCAAUGUCUCAUUCAAUAGACUUCAUGGAGAAAUUCCUGAAGGAGGAUCGUUUGGAAACUACUCGAUUGAAUCAUUUGAGGGGAAUGAAGCAUUGUGUGGUGCACCUCGACUACGUGUUCCAACCUGCAAAACUAAACCUAUUAGGAGUUCCAAGGCAAGAACUAAACUCAUAAUAUACGUAGCACUACCAAUUGCAUCUACAAUUUUGGUGGUCGCUCUAUUUAUCAUUAUCUUGAAAAGUAAGAAAAGGAGAGACAAAUUACAAAUUCAAGAAGACUUGCUACCUUUCGGAACACGGAGACGAUUUUCUUACCACGAGCUUCAUCAAGCUACUGAUGGAUUCAAUCAGAGCAAAUUGCUUGGUAAUGGGAGCUAUGGUUCUGUAUACCAAGGGACUUUCUCAGAUGGGAUGACUUUUGCUGUAAAGGUCUUCAAGUUAGAGUUAGAAAAAGCUUUUAAGAGCUUUGACGUUGAAUGUGAAGUUCUUUGCACCACCCGUCACCGGAAUUUAAUCAAAAUCAUUAGUAGCUGCACUAAUAAUCUUGAUUUCAAAGCCUUAGUGCUUGAGUUCAUGCCUAAUGGUAGUCUUGAUAAAUGGUUGUAUUCCAAUAACCAUUUUCUGGAUAUCCUACAAAGACUGAACAUAAUGAUAGAUGUUGCAUCUGCACUUGAAUAUCUCCAUCAUGGUAAUGCAACACUCAUUGUUCACUGUGAUUUGAAACCCAGCAAUGUACUAUUAGAUGAAGAUAUGGUUGCACAUUUGAGUGAUUUUGGCAUUGCGAAACUCUUAUGUAAUGACGAUUCAAUGAUACAAACCAUGACCAUGGCAACAGUUGGGUACAUGGCACCAGAGUACGGAACUGAAGGAAUUGUUUCAACAAAAGGUGAUGUGUACAGUUUUGGUAUUCUCGUGAUGGAAACCCUCACAAAAAGACGACCUACAGAUGAAAUGUUUGCAGGAGAAAGAAGCUUGAAGAGUUGGGUGAAAGAUUCAAUAUCAUCUUCACUGAAUCAAUUAGCAGACACCAAUUUGUUUAGCGCUACUGGAAAGGAUUGUUCGGCAGCUAAUAAUUGUGCUUUAUCCAUCUUGAGAGUUGGCUUAGAAUGCUGUGUAGAAUUACCUGCUGAGAGGCCAGAUGUGAAAGAGGUUGUUGCGAAGCUAAACAAGAUCAAAGUGGAAAUAUUAAAGGAUAUUGAACUGGUUCUAUGAAGAGGCAGUCAUUGGUUUACUGUUCUGUUUACAUCAUCAAUUCAAUCCUAUUAUAUCU